GAGGAGAGUAGGAAGCUAUUGCGUAUGCUGGGAAGUGUGUCUUCUCUCUUUGCCCCCACGGUUGACUGGCGCGAAGGCGGGAAUUUAGCGGCAGAGGAAGAAGAGUUGUGCCCGUCCGGGCUUCGAGCUGGGGCCUCUCAGAUCUCGGCCUCCCGCGUAACCGCCCUUAUCGCUUUUUGUCCCUCCGUAGACCGCGAUGUCCCUUGGGCGGGAGCGAGUGGUGGCGUUGGCGGACAUGGACUGUUUCUACAUACAGGUGGAGCAGCGCCUGGAUCCCCGUCUGCGUGGAAAGCCGUGCGCCGUGGUGCAGUACAAGACGUGGAAAGGCGGCGGGAUAAUUGCUGUAAGCUAUGAAGCUCGCACUUUUGGAGUUACCAGGAACAUGUGGGCUAAUGAUGCCAAGAAACUCUGCCCAGAUUUGCUGCUCGCUCGAGUGCCGGAGGCCCAUGGCAAAGCAGACCUCACCAAGUACCGAGAAGCCAGCAUGGAGGUGAUGGAGGUGAUGUCGCGCUUUGCUGUGAUCGAGCGAGCUAGCAUUGAUGAGGCCUACAUGGACUUAACUAGUGCUGUGAAGGAAAGGCUUAAAAAGAUGAAGAGGCAGCCUGUUGAAGCGGAGCAGUUGCCAACUACUUACAUCCAAGGAUUGCCAGAUGGUCUUGCAGGAGAAGAGAAUAUGGAUAACAAAGAAGAGUUGCGGAAGCUUGGUUUGCACCAGUGGCUUGAAACAUUACCUUCUGAAGAUCCCAGUAGUCCAGAACUGCAGCUAACAAUAGGGGCAGUCAUUAUGGAAGAAAUGAGGGUAACUGUGGAAUCUGUCACUGGAUUUAGGUGUUCUGUUGGCAUUUCUCACAACAAGGUAUUAGCAAAACUAGCCUGUGGCCUCAACAAGCCUAAUCGUCAGACUCUUGUGUCACAUGCUUCCAUUGCACAGCUCUUUAACAAGAUGCCGAUCAGUCACAUUCGUAACCUUGGAGGGAAGCUUGGUGCCUCUGUCACUGAACUUCUAGGAGUGGAAUAUGUGGGGCAGCUGAUCCAGUUCAGUGAAUCACAGCUUCAAGCACACUUUGGAGAGAAGAAUGGGUCCUGGUUGUAUGACUUGUGCAGAGGGAUUGAUCAUGAGCCUGUGAAACCUAGACAAUUGCCAAAGUCCAUUGGCUGCAGUAAACAUUUCCUUGGCAAAGCAGCUUUGGUAACUCAGAAUCAGGUGCAACAUUGGCUUUUGCAGCUGGCCUUGGACCUGGAGGAGAGACUGAACAAGGACAGAGACCAAAACAAUCGGAUAGCGAAGCAGCUGUAUAUUGGGAUCCGUAUGCAGGGUGAUAAACAGAAGAGUGGCAUCUCCCGCUGCUGUGCCUUAGCCCACUAUGAUGCCCAUAAAAUCAGCAGAGAUGCCUUUGCAGUAAUCCAGAAUUGCAGUACAGCAGGAGGCCAGCAGGCUGCAUGGUCUCCUGUCACUCUUCUCCAGCUCUCAGCAACCAAGUUUGUAGAGGCUCAUACAGCAUCUUCUGUGAACCUUACUGCCUUCCUGACUAGUGACAGCCAGUGUACCCAGGCCACUAGCACCUGUGCAGUCAGCCAGAAUAUCAGGUCCCUUGGAAGUCCAAAAAAGGAGGCCAGCAAGAAGACAGUGAAUGCUAUUCAGAAGUUAUUUCAGAGGGUAGUGGAAAAGAAGCAUGCCCAGGCUAGAGCAAGAUCCUCUCUUCCUGAGAUAACCAAUGAAAAGACAGUAGCAUCAGCGCUAGAGCUUGCUGUGUGUCCUGGAAAAGGACAGCUCCAGAUCAGCAGCCAGAUUUUAAAAGAUGCUCUGGAACAAAGUACCAAUAAUUACAACCCAAACUCUAUGCAGAAGCAGCUGUCUAUAGAACAAUCUAUAUCAAGCUCCAAAACAGAGCUGCUGGAUACCCCUUUGACUAGUAGUGAUUACACAGCACCUUUAGAAAUGGAAAAACCUACAUUCUCUUUAGAGCUCCCUGCUCAGUCAAAAGAGGAACAAAUGCAAUCCACUACUGGACUUCUGCAGGAAGGAGCCGGUAAUUGGAUUUCUCCCUCCUGUACAGAUGACUGGAUGUUGUGUGAAAAAUGUAACCAACAAGUGUUGGCAUGGGAGUUCGCAGAACAUUUAGACUAUCACUUUGCUGUGGAGCUGCAGAAUUCUUUGUCAAGAUCCAGUCCUUUAAGUCCAUCUGUACUAGUUGGCAGUCCUCCAAAUAAAAAGGGCAAAGGCAAAUGCAGGACACAUGCAACUACUGGUGCCAAACGGCCAAGGCAAGACUCAAACAGGACUUUGGAUUCUUUUUUCAAGAGAGUACCUCCUUAGGUUGCAGUUCACCUGAGUAGCUGAAAAAUUUAUCUAAGAGAAAAUUGCAGCUUUUUAAACUAACUGUUUGCAGUAAAAUUGUUUGCAGUUAUUCUUAAGAGGAACUAUUCUGGUGCAGGGGACAGAGGAGAUGUUUUUUACAGCUCAUUUUGUUACUUCAAUUGCAACUUAAUAUGACAGAGAUGUAGUGUGAAGAUGCCACUCAACUGAUGGGAAAUGGAGUCUAGCAUUAUCUGAAGGAUCAUUGUUUCCCAUCUCAGCAUCACUACUUUGGUUAUAAAGCAAGCAUUCUAA